AUGUCUCUCAUCGUGCCCAGCUCGUCGCAGGGCGAAGGAUCAUCGCACACGGUCAUACAAAGAGUGACGUACGACGCCUUGCCUUACCACGAUAGAGAGUUGGAAAAUGUGCCCGGUCUCAAAUCUCGUGUAGACAAGGAAAUACAAGCGGAACUGCAGUCGAUUGCGGCGAGAGACAAGGCUAGUGGAGGAGCGAUUGGUGUUGUGAAGGAAAGGUUGCCUGUCGAACCGAAAUUGUUCGAGGUGAGAGCCGCGCGCGGCGUGUUUGAUCAGACGAAUGUAUGUGAUGCUGAUCAUAAAGUACUGAUGUUUGUCCCACUAUCUUCACCCCUGGCAGCACCGAUCUGACUUGCAAGCAGAGCUGAGCCGUAUUGCCGAAGGCAACAAAACCAAAGCCAUCGAUGGUAGUCGUUAUGCCCUCUCAUCGCCCUCUGGAGAUGGAGCUUCGGAUGCUAACGCGUGGGACGAAGCUUUGAGUCAAGCGGAGGCGGCUUUGGGACAUGCGAAUGUUCGCAGAAGCAAUUUGGAGUUGGAGAAAAAGUUCGGUGGUGAGUUGUUGACUGAAUAGAUGAGCUGUGGCGGGGAUGUUUAAUGUUUUGGAGGGGCGUCAAUCGAGUGGCGUAUAGACAAGCUGGCGCAUACCCGGUGCGGGUACGGUAUGUGGCCGCUUUGAGUCUUCCUCAGAUCUUCUGACACUCUGGAUACGUGGCUCUUCGCUCGGCAGCAAACUUGUGGAGGCUUCACAACUUUCAGCAAGAGUCCAUGUUGCGUCAAUACGAAAAGGCGGUGGAGGAUAUGCGUACACAGACUGCCGAUCUCAACCGAUCCAGAAAAAUGUCACAAACGCAGGGAGGAGAGACAUUGAGCAGGCUAGAAAGCAAAUGGGCUGAAUGCAUCUCGAGAAAUUUGCAGGUCGAGGUGGCGACGCUGCAAGGAUUGGCAGAGGUGGAAGAAUUGAAGGGCAAGAGGGAAGAAUUGCAAACGAGGCUGGCGCAGCUCGAUGCUGAGGCGAGAUGA